CCGGGGCGGUGCCGAGCCUCUGGGCCUCGUUAUCUGCCGGCGCCCGGCCGCCCGCCCGCAGUCCAGGUCGCCGCCAUGUCUUCCGGGGCCAGCGUGAGCGCCCUGCAGCGCCUGGUGGAGCAGCUCAAGCUGGAGGCCAGCGUGGAGAGGAUCAAGGUGAGGCCCUCGCCAGCGCCUGGCCUCGGGGCGUGGAAACCGCCCGCUCCCGCCCCGCCCCGGCAUCUGUGGGCCGGAGAAGAGGAGGCCGCGCCGGAGCCGGGGGCUGCGGGACCCGCCCGUUGGCGAGCGAGCCCGCAGGGUCCGCGGAGCAGCGGCGGGACGGGUCUCUCAGGCAGCUGCAGAGCUUCAGCAAUACUGCAUGCAAAAUGCCUGCAAGGAUGCCCUGCUGGUAGGUAUUCCAACUGGAAGCAACCCCUUCCGGGAGCCCAGAUCCUGUGCUUUACUCUGAUGACAGUAGGGAAGAAGUUCACUGAGGAAUGCUUUCAAGCACAAAGUGGUGAAUGACUGCCUUCAAAUCUCAAGAAAACACUGCUCUAGCCAAAUGACUUUUAGAUAUUGCAAACCUUUCUCUUAGCCAGAAUUCUACAGAAAUGGAUGAGUUUCUACUCAAACAAGGAAACUGAGUGAAGGAGUAGAUCUUAAAUAAUAAUGGCCUCAUUCUUUUGGUGAAGUGCAUUAUAUUUAAGACAAACAAAAACCUAACCACCAAAUAAACCAAAAUACACCUCUUUCAUUAAGUGAAUUACUAGUGUUUCUAUACCUGGCGUGUUAUGUAUGUUUUAUAUACUGGAUGUUUACAUUUGGGGAAGGAAAACAGUUUUGUUUGUUAAAAAAUUGCCUAUUUGUAAUUUGUUAUUCCUAAGAUUUUUAUACCAAAACAAAAUUUGUUCUUUUCUCAUGAAUUUACAAUUUCUCAAGCAACUGUAAAACUGGGGGAAGAAUAGGCUUUGUUAAUCAGAUGAUGUCUUGGUUUUUCUAAAUGAGAAGAUGAUUUUAUUUUUAACACUAAGCAUGGGAACUUCUUCUUAGCACCCUGACGGGAAAGACGAGUGUUGUGUUUUGCAUGAGAUUGCCCCAUCCUGUAAUGAAACAGAUUGGAUAUUUGUCUUCUUAAGUUCCUCUGCUUUAUAGAGGUGAUUGUACUUAAAAAAAAAAAAAAAUACUACAUUAUUUCAUGUUUUUAAAACAGUGUUAAAUGUGGUUUACAGAACAUUGCAAAUGAUUAAAAACAAAGUAACGUGAAAAUCUUACCACCUAAAAGAAUUCUUAAUGUCACAAGUAUUUGAUGUGUUUUUGAUUUAAUUUGGGACAUUUUUAAAAGGAUACUUUAUUUGUGUUUGUAAUAAUCUUUGAAGAGCUUUGAAAUAAAAUUUCUCCUUAAUUCAUUGUUUUCUAUGACAGCAA